UUGUCAGUCCUGAUCGCGUCAUUUGGGCGUACAGAACUACACUUCGAAGCAAUGUUUCCAAACGCGUCGCGCUUUCGGAGGCAUGACACGUCAGUAUCGAGCGUCCCAUACCUACGUAUUUUUUGUUGUGAAAUGAUCCAAUUAUAAGUCUACUGGUUGUACACGUCUUUUUGUAACUGACAGUUGGAGGGGCUCCCACAUUUGCAGAACAGAAUGGAUCAAAAAAAGCGUGAUAGGCUGUCAGAGCUGGUGGAGGAGUUGACCACCUCUGGAGAACCCCAGCUCAAUCAAGUGAAAAUGAAGGAAGUGAAAAAGAUAUGCAAACUUUCCAGUGACUACAUUAACCACUACUAUCAUCUCAUCAUGACCCAGCUGAACCAAGAUCAUGCAGAGAUUCGCCUCUCAGCUUUCCAGAUGGCUACUGAGCUUUUCAGCCGUUCCCAUCACUUCCGCGUCCUCCUGGUGACUAACCUCCAAGAGUUCCUGGAGCUCACAGUGGAGACGGAUGUUGAGCAGCCACUGCCCCCACCAAAAGAGGUGGCCAGAAAGCUUAAGACCCAUGCCAUCCAGACUGUCCAGGCAUGGCAGGCCACUUAUGGAGAGGCCUAUAAGAAGCUGGCUUUAGGUUAUCAUUUCCUCAAACAGGUUAAAAAGGUAGAUUUUCAAGACGUUGAAGCUAGAACAUUGGCUGAGCGGAAGAGGCAGGAGGAGAAACGGCAGAGAUUAGAAAAAAUUUAUAAUGAGAAGUUUGAAAAGGCCAAGCAGGAGAUGGAGGGUAUAUGUUGUGAAGCCCAAGAAAUGGCUGCUGAGAUGGAAGAAUCCUUGACGCAGAUGAACAGUUGCAUGGCAUUGCUUGUGCCAGACACCUUUGACCUCUUCAGUGUCGAGCCAACAGUGGGCAGUGAGAGACUUACCUUUUACUCUGGACCAGAGAGGGAUGCUAGUAUCUGGGAUGAACAGCCUUGUUGCAGCAAAGACUUGAGUAGAGGAGCAGAUGGGAGGAUGACAGAGGCAACCAAAGAUGAAGAGGAUGAAGACAGUGCUGUCGAAGAGGAUGACACUGAUGCUGCAGACAAGGUCACAUUUAUACGCAACACUGGGCUGAUGUCUCACAGCUAUCGGCUGGAUCUCAGUAUUUCCACAGAUUUGAAAGUGAAGGAGACUGAGGAGAAUGAGGCUGUAUUGAACACCAUGAGAGACCUGCACAGACUUAUCACUACCAGAUACCUCCCUAUGGUUCAGUCCUGGAUCCAGAUUUUUACCAAGGUUGGUGUAGAGGAACAGCUGAUGAGGCAGGCCAUUAGCCUCAAGAAAGCUCUUGAGAAGGCUUUAAGGAAACACAGAGAUCUUAACGUAGAUUACAAGAAAAGACAGAGGAAAGUGAUUAAGGCUGGAGAUGAUGAUGAUGACGAUGAUGAUUUUGAAGAGGUGCCCGAAAAGGAAGGUUAUGAGCCACAUAUCCCUGAGCAUCUGAGGCCAGAAUAUGGUCUUGAUCCAUUACCUUCUACAUCCACCUCUGUGGCCAAAUCAAACCCAUCAGAGCCUUUGGUCAGAGCUGUAGCUCCACCUGUGGCCUCCACUCUCACCCGACUGAAGAAAAAACUACGUGAUGAAGAGCAGGACCCCACAUCUGCAGCUGCUACUCUGCGGAUCUUAAAAGAGAGACUGUCGUCUGCACCAUCUACAAGCAAACCGAUAUGUAAUGUGGGUCAGGAUCAAGAGGAAAAAAAUGACUGCAUGGGGGUAUCCAAAGACGCUGCUGCCCCUACUGUGAGCCGCAGUGAACAGACCGAGGAGAAAGAGAAAGCCCCCAUCAUUCCCUUUGGUGUGGACCUCUACUACUGGGGGGAGGAGCAACCCAUAGCAGGGAAGAUCAUAAAGUACACCUCUCAGCACCAGUUCUGGGUACCUCAUGAGGUGGAGGAAGAGGUGGAGAAUGAAGACCUGUCUGCCCAGAUGAAGUCCAGACACAUCACCUUUGCUGGUUGUUUCCAACCGGUGGAACACAAGUGCAAAGCCCUGAUGCCCAAUGGGUCGCUUUGUGAGCGCCAAGACAGAGUCAAGUGUCCAUUCCAUGGGCUCAUCAUCCCUCGCGAUGAACUCGGGAGACCGGUUAACCUAGAAGACGCUGCUCGUCUGGGGAAGGAGGAGAUGAAACGCAGGGAGGAGCAGCCAGAUUGGUGGGAUCCGGAGUUCAUGAAAGAGAUUGAGGCAGCUACAGGCGAGGAUCUGGGUUCCUCAAAAACCUAUGGAAAAGGAAAGGGAAAGAAGAGGAAACACCACAACCUCACAGACUUGAAACAAACUACUAACACUUCUCGCUUGAGGCUAGAAAAGAAAGUCUUCAAUAAGAGUUCCAUGAGACGAAUAGCAGAAGUCAUGAACAAAAUGGACAAGAAGAAACAUGAGAAAUUUGCAAACCAGUUUAACUACGCAUUGAAAUAACUCUCAACAUGAUCUUAAAAUAUCCUCAGCAAUGAAGUUGGUUUGACAUUAAAUGUCUGCAUUUUAAUCUCAACUAAAUAAAAUUCCAUGAGCCUACAAUUUGCCACAUAUUUUUUUAAAAUUUGGGAGGUGAAUGUUUUUAUAAUUCUUAGUAAAAUUUUACAAUCAAAUAUGUGUGUAAAAUCAUAAAUGAAUCAAGAUUCAUUUAUGAUUUUACACACGUCAUAUUUGAUAGUAAAAUUUUGUCCUUAGUAUGUGAUGUUUGAUAAUAAAAUUGCAAUAAUGGUUGCCAUUUCCCCAUACAAGACCUUUUUUUUCUGUUAAAAUAUGCAUGCCCUGUGAGUGGGAGCAAUUGAAUGUGCAUUAUAGAAAAACUAGUUUUGUAUUUUUUUUAAAAACUAUAUUCAUAGCUCUGUGGAUAAAUGCUCUUCAGUGUAACUGUACUAGAAUUUUAGGAUGUUUCAUAUGAGUACCAGUUUGGAAAAUGCGUAACACUUGCUUAAGACGCUCACCUUUUCCAAAUCAAUGCUAAUUCUGUGUUAAUUUUCAUUUAUGUUUAAGUACCAGAACUACAGAUUUUCUGAUAGCUCAUAUUUUGUUACAUUAGAACAUUUGGUUCUGAUCUGGGCAAUUUAAAGCGGUUGAUCUUAAUACCAUUUUGAUGUUGGUCUACGUUUCCAACAAUUAAAAAAAUUCUUAUUCAAA